UCCAUAAUACGAGCCAAACCUUCAGGGCCCUUUCUGAAGGAGGCAGAUACAAGUCCAAAAUGCUGCAUGGACAAGCUUUAAAAGGUAAGUGUACAGCUAUCCAAGUUGCUGUCCAAUAUAGCAUAUGGUGGGAAAGAAUGCUCUCUGGGUGGAGCAAAAUACUGAUUCCUACAUUGCCAUGCUGAUUUGGGUUGGUCGAGGUCAGCCAAAUGUCAGUUUGGUUGGGAUUGCAUUUUUCUUCUUGUUGACCUCAGAUCCACCCAUGUCAGGAAUAUGAGGAAAUAACUAGGGAUGGGGAAAUAUGUCAGUUUCAGUUUCUCUGUUUCUCAUUUCCCCCAUUUAUCCAAUGUUAAAUUCAGUUCUGCAAAUUUCCACAUCAGUUUGCGAUCUAAAAAAAUAAAAGUCUUCAUGAAAAAUUGUAAGAUUUCAGCGUGAAUUUCUUCAAAUACAUGCACAUUUAUGUGUGCAGUUUUGCCUAAUAUACACAUUUGUGCAGGGCAUUUUUCUGUUAUAUUAUGAAAUUUGGUGUGUUAUUUCCACUAAUAUAUGUAUUUAUUAUGCACAUUUUACACUCAUAUGGUCAAUUUUGCACAUAUAACUUCACUGGAGAAUUUGCAUUGCAAAACUUGGAGAGGUGCAAGUUUUGAAGGAUGACUGUGGUUCAAUUCACAUCUUGCUUAGGCAAAUGUUAAUUAGGGAUGCUAGUCUCCUUAGCAAUCUCCACAACAACCCUGUGAGGUAGAAUAGGCUGAGAGGCAGUGACUUGCACAAGGCCACCUACCCAGUGAGCUUCAUUGCUCAGUGGUGAUUUGAACCCUGGUCUCCCAAGUCUUAGUCCAACACUAACCAUGAUAAUGCAAUGGCUCUUAGAAAGGAGGUGAUCUGCCUAAGGGCUAUGUACUUCCUUGUAAGGUGGCUGGGUGGGAAUGUUUUACAUCCAUCAGCUUAUUUUGAUCUUCAUUAAGGAUGAAUCUGCCUAGGUCUCUUAAACCUAUAGGUGUAAAAAAGGAGAAGCUACUAGUUGCAAUCUCCUCAGACAUAACCAUCUGCUUUUCACCUCUUUCCAAACUCCUGCCACUUACAUUAGGCAAAGCGGCCUUCAAAAAGUUCUUAUUGUUGUUCUAAUUAGGGGGUAAAUAAGUAAUGUUUCUUCCCCACUCACAAGUUAAGGCUGCCAUGUGUAAAGGUGAAUCUUACGAUUGUGUUGGUAGUGUUUUUAAAUAAGGCAUAGCCUUUGAGUCAACAGGGCAAAUUGACAACAAAUUUAGAGUGGGAUCGGAAACUCUUUACCUUUACAAAAUCCCCCCUUUUAACCUGAAAUCAUUGUUCUCACGCAAGUAUUUCCCUUUCAAAUGUUCAGGGCGGCUGGGGGGUUAAUGCAUGUAAAUUUCCAUAUGUUUUAGGCAGUUUACUUUUCAGAUUUAUAAUAAUAACAAUUACAAUUACAAAACCAAAGCUGUUCAGCCUAACCCCUUUCCCACCCAACCCUUCGGUAAUAUGUAGCCAACUGGCUGUGAACCAGAAUUGCUAUUCCCCUGUAGAGACUUUCAAACAUUUAUUCAUAACAUGGAUCACUAGCAAACGCCUCCAAUCCUCCAGUUGCCUGUGCGUUAAUGAACAUCUGCUAACGUUUCUUGCUAGUUCAAGGACUUUGUGGGUAGGCUGGAAACUGAGGACCUAAUUUCCCUUUAUGCUACCAGAGGGAGGAAGGGGGAGAGAGAAGGAGGUUUAAGAGGGGGCAGCCACAACAUCAUUCACCUUGGUUUGGGUCAGGGUCUGUAACAUUUUCUUCCAUGUGAGUGUUUUUGAUAAUACUCACAUUAACAUAAAUUUAAGAACAUAAGAAGAGCUCUGCUGCAUCAGGUCAGUGACCCCUUUGGUCCAGCAUCCUGUUCUCACAGUGGCCAACCAGAUGCCUAUGCAAAUCCCUCAAGCAGGAUCUGAGCGCAACAGCAUUCUGCCCACCUGCGGUUUCCAGCAACUGGUAUUGCAAAGCGUAGAAAAUAGCCGCCUGGGUUAGUAGUCAAUGAUGGCCUUAUCCUCCAUUGGAAAAUACACAUUUGCAGAGCCAAUUGGAUCUGGACUAAGGGUACAAUCCUACACCCACUUACCUGGGAGUAUGUCCCAUGGAACUCAACAGUGUCUGGAUGACACCACAUUGGUUGCACUUGAUACAGAGCUUCAUAAGCAUUAUAUCAGCAAUCCUUACAACAGCUACUUCUUCUUAGCUAUUUAAUAAUAAUAAUAAUAAUUCCACAGUAAUAUUUUUGAAAUUGCAUUGACUAUUGUCAGAGAACUUUCUUACCUCCAGCUUAUGCUCUCAAGGAAUCUGUCUUUUAGAUUCAAGAAGCCAGGUAUCGCCAAACAUUUACUUUUAUUUUUAAAAAAGAAUGUUUUGGGCAGCUGAUAUUUUUGCGGUUCGUUUUCUGUGCUGACAAUGCUUGUUUUAAGAAACGGGCGAAAAACGAGGCCUUUGAAUGAAAUAAAAUUAUAUUGAGUCUUUUUCACUGUAAUAACAUGAAAUGCAGGCUCCAUAUUUAGAAAGGGUGGACCCCUAUCCACCCAGAUGUUGGGAAUAAAUGGGAAUCGCUACUGCUAUUUUGCCUUGCUGAUGAACUUUCCUAGCCUAGGUCAUCAGAUCAGUCAUCCUCAGACCCCAAGACAUGGGAUGCUUAUGUGCUCUCACCUUUUGUGUAUCAGUACAGCAUCUGUACUGAUAAAUCUGUACUGUACCGGCAGGAAGGUAGAUGGCGUUUUAGUGAGCUGCUCUGGUUUCACCAGAAGUGGCUUAGUCAUGCUGGCCACAUGACCCGGAAAAACUGUCUGCAGACAAACAUCAUCUCCCUCAGUCAGUAAAGUGAGAUGAUCACCAUAACCCCAGAGUCGUUGGCGACUGGACUUAACUGUCAGGUGUCCUUUACUUUUACCUUUUUACAGCAUCUGUAAUAGACCAAAACAAAUUAGCCAUGUUUCCCCACUAAUACAAAGUGCAUGGGAUCAGCAAAACAAGAGUUUGUAUUAGAAACAGCCAGUGCCUGCCAGUAAUAAUAAUUAUUUUAUUAUUUGUACCCCACCCAUCUGACUGGGUUUGCCCCAGCCACUCGGGACAACUGGAGUAUAACAACCUGUUCAGUAUGCACUGGCUCACUUCAGCAAUCCAGUUCAAGCAGCCAGCCUAGUUACAUGUGCUUAUGACCCAAUGGCAUAAAUGGAGUUUAAGUAUCCCUUACUUUGUGCUGGUCUGUGUGCUUACAACCGAACAUGCCCCUCCCCCCAUUAGCCAUUCUGCAUCCUCAUUAUAACUGUGGUAUAGCAUUGCUUUCUUUUAUGUGUUGUAAAUUUAAUAUGGGUUAGGUUUUGUCUCAUAUUAACAGAGUCAUUCUUGGGACCCAGAUAAUUGAUUCUAGUGGUGAUAGGGGAAACUUUAAUCUGUACACAAUCAUGAACACAACACUAAGGGCUAGCAGAACAUACAGUAGUUUGGUUUUUCAGCAAGAGCCCAUUGUGGGUCUCCUUCAGAACCACAGGAAUGUGCUCUGUUCCGUAGAAGUUAUAGCACUGGCUUUUCAACAGGCAGGAGGCACACAGUCCAUGCAUCAUGGGGCUUUACUUGAUAUUAUAAAUGCAUGGAACUUCUUUUUGUUCAUGUCUUCUCCCCCAUCCUUCCUCUGUGCAAUGUCUAGACAAGCACAAUACAGGCCAUGUCAUUGCCUCACUCUGACUGCUGUCAGUCAGUAAUGUGAGGUGGGCAGUGUUAGGAACUGAGAUAUGAAAGCUAGGAGCUAAAUGGCAACUUAAGCCUAGGUUAUGGGCACAACAAUGGAAUGUCUAGGCACACUUUUUAAUAACAAGAAUUCAAAGCUGAAAAUGAAUGAACUGCAGCUAAAAUAUUAGGUUCAUUUUUCACAUGGUCUAGUCUUUCCCCUGCCCACCCCCCUAAUAUUAUUAAGAGGGUCUCUUCUCCUGUCUUCAGAGAGUAGCUGGAAGUGGGGAGGCAGAAAAAGGUCCUCCUUUCCUUCCAGUUUUAAUCUGAAAUCUUAGGCGGAGUACUGCGCCCAGAGCUCAGAAACUGCUUGCGCUAAUGAAAUUCCCUGUUGUAAAAUGUGCCUAGAACAGUUUCGAACACUGGAGGUGGGACAAUGCAUAGCUGGCUUGACACCAUGUCCUGCAACAUAUUUGCAAGUAAGAGCAGGGUGAGACACAUGGAGCAGUGGCAGUUCUGCAUCUCAUAAAUCAAGCCUUCAGUGCCGAGUUACAAACAUGGAACAUCAUAUGGUACAACCAUAUGGGUCAGAAAACCACAUGUUUCUCUUACUCUUCUCUGUAUGUCUUUGUCUCCUCUCUCUGCACCUAGAAAGCUGGCAUAUCAGAGAGAAGUCAUGGCUUAAGCCCUCAUUAAUGGGCAAGCUAGCUUCUUACAAGCAGGGCGCUUUCCAGACAAAGGAGAAUUCAGCCUGCAAUCCCUCACCUGUAUACGGUACUUAAGGAGCUGGAAAGAAAUGAAAGGCCACUGAGUCAAAGGUGGAACCAGUCUCUCAUUAGUCCCACAGAUCAGUCUGUGCAAUCCAGGCUCUAUAUCCCACAAACAGAAAGCCACUGGUACUCCAUGGAGGAAUCUACCAAGGAGUUCCCUCCACAGGAUUCGACUAAAUAAGCUAAGCAAGGCCUCCUGGUCUAGCUGUUACCUACUCUGUACUCAGACUGUUUCUUUGUGGUGAGUUUCCAUUCAUGUGCUGCAAUAGCAACAAAUCUCGCUGUGUGAAGCAAAAGUAAUCACAUUGUUUCCUUCCACUCACUGGCACCCACCAUUAAUCUUGAAUGGGCAUUGUGUAACUUGGAAAGUGAGUGUUUCUAAAAGUUGAAAAUAUGGGUGAAAACUCACCAUGAGGUUAGGGUUAUUAUUUUAUUUUACCACUGAUUUAUCAUCACCUUCUAAACCACUAUCAGGGCAAUUUACACAGAAGAUAAUAAAAAAACCAAAAAAUGCAUUUAAAACAAGACCAAAAGCCCAACAUGCAGAGACACUCAUGGCAAAGGCCCAUGGGAAAGCCAGCUGGGAAAGCCAGUCAGCUCUUGGGAGUUUGGAUCUAGAACACUAGAAGGCUGGGCCUAAGGCAUGGGUAACAGGGUAAGGUAAUAUCAAAGUGAAUUGGUGAAUCUUGGGCCUGGACAUCAAAUGUGACCCUCCAGACAUUUCUGUCUGGCCCUUACACCCUUUCCUCUCAGAUCACACUUCCUAUUGAGCUUGCUCUGCAACCCCUCAAGUACUUUUGCCAGGCUGAAAUGUGUACAGUACUGUAAAAAGACCUCUGCCCUCCCCCCACCAUAUGGAGGAUUGAGAGAUAUGUGUUUGACUCUCUGUGUAUGGAAGCUUUGGGCUUUUGCCUGGAUGGAAUGUGGCCUAUCAUACAACGGUAAGAGUCACAUCUCUUGAUCCACCCAUUUUUGCCUCUGUCCCCACCCACCACUGUCAUGUGGUCCCGGGGAGGCUGCCCAUUGGUAUGAAAAUGCUACUCCACUCCUCCAUACACACUUUGUGUCAAUCAGCCAAUCAACAUGCAUUCAAGAACUGGGCUGGAGGUUGAAUCUGAGAGCCAUUCACACCAUCUUAGCAACCCACUUGCAGUGCUUCCUCUGGAAGACCUACCCCCCACCUCUUUGACAACAAUACAGAAGGUGUGUUUAACUCAAAGAAGCAAGCUAACAGGAAUGCCCUGACUUAUAAGAGGAAAAUGUGUUGGCCUCCGAACUGUCUUCGCAGGUUUCAGAAUGCCAAAAGUUAAAAAAAAUAUAUAUUAGCCAGUAAAUGGGAAAGAAAACAACCCUGCCCCAAUUUCCUGGAGUGGGACAGGGAAACUUUCUGUCUGUGUCAACACCCAAUGAAAACAAGCUGGGCAUUUUAUUUUAUUUUUUUAAAAAAUCAAUGAAUACCACACAUUUUUCCUGACACUUUAAGAUAUGUUUUCUUUCUUAUGUUGUUAAGACCCAUGAAAACACACUUGCCAUCAAAGUGGUGAGAGAAUAGAAUGGAGCUUUUCAUAGGCCUCCUCUAAUUGGAGUAGUAGUGAAGUUGAUAUAUACUUUAGCUCUAAGAGACCAGUGAACUGGUUUCAGACUGAAGUGUGAGGAACACAAGAUGGAAAAUCUGAUUUAUCUUCUAGGGCAGGUGCAAACCUCUCAGCAUGCAAGGUAAACAAAACUUAUUCCACUGAAGUUUCCUGAUAGUGUUCCUAUUCCUCCUCACUCUCCUGGUUCAGAGGAACCCCUUUUGCUGACACCAGACCUCACACAACCUUUCCCUGGACCCAGACUAAACCAACUGCACAUUCUCAAACAUUUGAAAGGUCCUUAGUCCCAAGUUCUUUCCCCAGUACUGUCUACAUGCGGGUUCCUACAACCUACGCACUUAAUUUUCAUAACAUUCAGCUUCCAGAAAAAAUAAUACAUGCCUUUUUUUAUCCACAGGGGUGUGGAAUGCAAACAGGAUUGCUUGGAGGUUUCUCAUGCCAGCCUCUUAUGCAUGGGUCUACAGGGACUUUGGAAGACACGAGUCUGCCAAGGUUCUUCAUGAAGAACUCAAGGAAGGUAUGAUAACAUAG